UGGGUCUUGAACUUUCGUCAUUGAUCUUCAAAGUUCAAAUCGCCUUUGAUAUGCAUCAGUAUCAAGCUUUUGCGCGCCUUUCCAAACACUUCACCCGCGCCAAUCAAUAGGCGCCUCGAGAAAUCACCACAACCACCGGAAAUGGCGGCUAAGUCAGGGAGACUUGGAACAUGGCUUAAAAUGCUGGCUAUUGGCGGCGUCGUCUGCGUAGGUGGACCAGCAUUCGUCCUGUGGGUGCAGCCAACCGAAGAGGAGCUCUUCAAGAAGUACAACCCCGAUCUACAGAAGAAGAGCUUAGAACGGCGGUACGAGAGGCAGAAAGAGUUCGACGAUUUCGUUACCCAACUCAAGGAAUACUCCAAAUCAGACAAGCCGAUAUGGACAGUAAAAGAAGAAGCCAUAAGGAAACAAAAGGAGGACAUGUUGCGGCAAGACUUCCUCAACGCUAAAGAAGCCGAGGCGAGAAAAGAGGCCAUGAGAAAGGAAUCAGGCCUAUCUUAGACGACCUAAAGCUAUCAAUGUUGAUGAAAUGGCGCACGAAUUACUCCUAUACCAUGAGAUCUAUGAAUACUCAAACGGCGUAAUCAAAAAUAAGGAGACGGGUUUUCAGGGGGCACCACUACGAGGCGUUUGGACAGGAAAAGCUUGGGUGCAAGUCGGCUUUGUGACUUGCCUUGUAAAGAUACUAUUAUAAACGCCCAUCAAUGUUUAAUGAUCCAUCUUGUAUUGAUCAGGAUGUACUUCUCGCCGUUAAAAACCAUUCUGUGC